AUGGAAGAAUUGUCGCGUGCUAUAGGACCGUCUCCUGCAAAGCGCCAGCGUCUAUCGCUGGAUACCACAUCUAGUUCAUCCCUAACCGCAGCACCUUCACCACAUUCAUCCGUCAAACUCGAACGUAGUCCUUCUCCAUCCCUGAGUCUGCCACAAACAACCGGGGCGAAGUUCUACGCCAUGCCGAAGGAUUGCAGGAGAGUGGCCCCAAAUUACAUCCGAAACAGGAGCAAGUUCGUCGCCGCGAGGAAAGCCGAGCUCACCGCGCUCGGUCUGGAACUCACGAAGCAGUUAUGGAGGUCAGAUGGUCUGGUAUUCGACUGGAAGAGUAACAUACCAGUCAUGCCCGACACGCUGAAGCCUUCAACGGAGAUGAAUGGAAUUGGCUUUACGAGUGAACAUACCGAGAUCUCUUCUGCAUCCGUUCGACAAACGUCAGUGGCCGAAGACGAGUUGGCAUCCCCAGACGGUAUUUUGGCCCACUUGAAGUCAGGGACCGAGAGAAUAAAAAAUGGCAGUCGUGAUCGGCGCCGCUCUUCUUCACCCAGACAUGGGGCGUCUAAGCCUGCGAUGACUCAAUUGCCGCCUGCAGAGCUGCCCGUCAUUCGACGAGAUAUCUCACGACCUUCGCAGCCGUUCACGUCUUCAUCAUCUUCGGCAGUCGAAAUGUUGGGCUCGUCAAGCACCGGCCAUAACGAGUCAGCUCUACGACCAUCAUCUGGCUCGCAAUCUCGCCCUCAAAAGCAUGAUCGUGCUCGACUGACCAACGACGCCGCCCUACCAGUAUCGCUCUACGAUUCACCUUGCGAGGACUAUGGCCUUGCAGAAGACUGGCCAGAUAAACGCGAAGCAGAGGCGAUGACAUCAGCGUCACUGCAAUAUAUUGAAAGAUAUGUAGCAGCCUUUGACAGCAAACGGGCCAGCCUAGCGGAUGCGUACCGAAUGGAUGCUGCGUUCUCCUAUCGUCGUGUCACGCCGCUGACCCCAACAACCAAUGGAUCUGCUACGUCUGUGACUGGACGGGCUAACAUCGCCCGCAUCUUGAGUGACAUUCGUCUACGCGUGAUGACAGAUAGCGUUACCGAGAUCAAAUACGAUGUCGUUCACCUAGGCAAUGACAUUGGGACGAUGGCGACAGUGGAUGGGGCCUUCCAUGAAGCAGGCUCUAUGCGCCCCAGAUCACUCCCAUUCCGAUGGGUAUUCAUAUUGAGAAGGAACCCCGUCUCACGGGAUGCCACUUGGACGCUGCAAGCCACCGCUCAUCAGAUGAUAGUACACGACAUAUCGUAG